CACUUCAAAGGGGCCGGUCAGCUGGAUUUGCAUGAACAGAACCUAAGCAAUUUCUGAAAUUGAGUUUUAAAACUGGCAGUUCUUUUCCCACCCCGUUAUGUUUUUGCAAAGUCCUCUCUGUAGCAACUUCAUACAGCUGUUCUUCAUUUCCUGUUACAAUUUCUUUCUUUCUUUAUUUUUUUUCUCUUUGCAUUCUUUCCAGGGAAGAAGAAUCAAUACAACCCGUUCUCUAGGAGGGAGGUGGUUGGACGGUCUGACCUUUAGCGGCGUUAGAAGACCUGUUUUGAUCCAAACCAGAUGUUCAGGCUGAGUUACCUUCGGUCUGAGUCAAGCAAUUGACCACAAGAUGUCUUUUCGGUUUGUGUGCUAUCUUGUGGUUGUGUGGCUGGUUUCUGGCUCAGAUGCAGAGAGCUGUCCGGAGCUUCCCCCGGUGGACAACAGCAUAUUUGUUGCCAAGGAGGCGGAAGGACACGUUCUGGGGACCUACGUUUGUAUCCAGGGCUACCACCUGGUAGGCGAGAGCACCUUGUUUUGCAACGCCUCCAAGGAGUGGAAUGCCGGUCCCCCCAGGUGCCGCUUGGGCCACUGUCCCGACCCUGUGCUGCUCUGCCACAUGUGCUGCUAUGCAGAUAGAGACUGUGGCCCUCCUGGGAACCCAGCUCAUGGCUAUUAUGAAGGAAAAAAUUUCAACUCAGGAUCUACCAUUACUUAUCACUGUGAAGACAGAUACCGCUUGGUGGGCACACAAGAGCAGCAGUGCAUUGAUGGGGAAUGGAACGCUGCACCUCCGGUCUGUGAAUUGAUCCCAGAAGCUCCCAAACCAGCUCCACGGACUGCACACGAGAAGGCACUGCUUGCCUUUCAAGAGAGUGAGGAACUUUGCAAAGCCGUAGAGAACUUUAUGCAAAGAUUAAAGGAAAAUGGCUCAACAAUGGAGGAACUAAAAUAUUCUCUGGAAAUAAAGAAAGCUGAGUUGGAGGCAAAAAUAUCGCCCUGACAUUGUAGCUGAGUUGACUGGGUAAUGUCAAUAUACCUAUAAAUAAAGUUUCCUCUUGGUUCUGAAA